AUGGAAAAAUUAAUGGAAGAACCAAUUCAUAAACCAACACCUAAAAUUUCACCUUACACAACACCACAAAAGUUAUGGAAAUUUCCUAUCUCUCACAAAAAUAGUAAAUACAAAAAAGAUGAGUUGAACAAUCUCAAGCUCAAAUCAGAUUUUCCUCUUGCAAGUGGAAAGCGUGGCUCUGGAAAAAGAAUAAGUGAAAAAGUAAAAGACUAUUUGAAAGCAUUUUUUAUCGCAGAUGACAUAGACAAAACAGAGCGUAUGUUAGCUACAAAAAUGGUAAAGGCAUUGAACGAGUUAGUUGAGGAAGGUGAACUUGAAGCUGAUGAAAUUCCCAAAGUCAAUACUGUAGAAUCAUGGAUUGCUAGAUAUUCACAUUUAGUAUACAUACUUGCUGCUGAAGAAAGACAAACUAAAUCUCAUACUAGUGAUCCAAUUCAGGCUGAAGCGAUUAAAUUAAGUAAAAAUAAGCACGAGGUUACUAGCGGAAGAGUUGGUACAUCUA